AACAAGCAAACGUCAAAAGAAUCAACAGCGAACAGCAACAGAGCAAAAUCGUUUUUGUGCUUUUGCCAAAAGUAGGAUUGCAAUUUGUAUUCGUAACAAAAUAAUUUGCAUUAUCCUGAAAAUUGUCCGGAAAAGACCUCCGUUACUAACAUGAGUCAACCGCGUGCAAACGAGGAAAAAAUGGAUAUUGAUGCUGAUGAGCAACAGCCGGUUGCUGGUGGCAGCUCAAGUGCUAGUGCUACCACCAAAGUUGCUUCUCCUGUCGCUUCUAGCGCCGGUUCGAGUACAGUUGCCGCGGUCACCGGCCCGGCGCAAACGAAACAACCCCCUUUGGGUGACUCACGGAAUGUUAUGGCCAGUAGCGCUACGGUUCCCUCGGUUACCUGUUCGUUGCACCCGCUGGUGAUUAUGAACAUUUCGGACCACUGGACCCGGAUCCGCGCCCAGAAUGGAUUCAAAUCACAGGUAUACGGCGCCCUGAUCGGGAAGCAGAAGGGACGGAACAUUGAGGUCAUGAACUCGUUCGAGCUGAAGUUCGACCUGGUCGACGACGAGGUGCACAUCCUGAUGGACUACUACAACACCAAGGAGGAACAAUAUAAACAAGUUUUCAGCGAUCUGGAUUUCUUGGGAUGGUACACGACCGGAUCGGUGCCCUCUGAGAAGCACAUCAAUAUUCACAAGCAAAUUUGUCAGAUCAACGAAUGUCCGAUUAUGGUACUUUUGGAUCCGACCAGUCGGAACAUGAAUCAAUUGCCUAUUUCGCUGUACGAAUCGGUAAUCGAUAUCGUACAGGGCGAUGCUGUGAUGCUCUUCGUUCCCUUAACGUACACCCUGGCCACAGAGGAAGCCGAACGCAUUGGGGUAGACCACGUAGCCCGUAUGUCCACAAACGAUUCCGACGAAAACUCGACUGUUGCGGAACACCUGCUGGCGCAGCAUAGCGCUAUUAAGAUGCUCCAUUCUCGGAUCAAGAUUGUACUGGCGUAUAUUAAGGCCGUUGAAGGCGGGCAGCUGGAACCGAAUCAGGAAAUUUUACGCGGUGCUUAUUCUCUCAGUCGUCGACUGCCGGUGAUUCAAAAUCCGGCUUUCAAGGAGGAAUUUUAUACGCAAUCGAAUGACGUCGGAUUGAUUACCUAUCUCGGAGCUCUGACCAAGGUUUCGAACGAUAUGAAUCAGUUGGUGAAUAAGUUUAACGUUCUUUACGACCGCCAAGGAAUGGGGAGAAGGAUGCGAGGUCUAUUCUUUUAAGCUCCGUGUUUCCUUAUGAAGGUAAAUAUGUCGAUAAUUGAACUCAUGAGUGACUACUGGAUAUUUCUACGUUCUUUAUUGAAUACAACUUCCCAUCGGUUCGAUACCCAAACUAUCUAAAUUCAACAAGAAUCAACCUACCAAUCAA